UGGGAGUUCCGUUCCGUUUGAUGGAGAAAACGUCAACGGAGAGAGAGAGACCAGACGGUGUGGUCUAAGGAGAGAGAGUGGAGAGAAGGAAGAGUAAAACAGGGUACAAUCCACAGUGAGAAACGGACGAAGACGAAGAAGAAGAUGGCAGCGAGGCAAAUGGAAGAGAUUCAGAGGAAGCUAUCAAUGCUCAAUUACCCUAGAGCCAAUGCUGCUGCCCAGUCCCUCCUUUUCGCUGGCAUGGAGCGCUACGCCCUUCUCGAGUGGCUCUUCUUCCGUCUGUUGGGUGACAAGUCGCCAUUCUCGCAACAAAAUAUCCAAGGAGAUGCUAUUGAUCGCGAUGAAGAGACUGCUCGGAUUCAGUAUUUGGCAGAAAUUGCAAAGUUUCUGGGCAUUACAACCGCUAUUGAUACUGAAGUUAUCCAAGGAAGGGGAAGCUAUGAGGAGCGAACUGAAAUGAUUCGUCUUAUUGUCGAUCUUGUUGAGGCAAGCAUCUAUGCAGAUAAUCCAGAUUGGAGUGUCGAUGAGCAGGUUGCAAAAGACAUACAACUCAUAGACUCUAUUGCAGAGAAACAAGCUCAAAUAUUCUCAGAAGAAUGCAAAUUGUUUCCUGCUGAUGUUCAAAUUCAGUCUAUAUAUCCAUUGCCAGAUGUUUCUGAGCUUGAAACUAAGCUUGCAGAACAAUCGAAGCUACUUUUGAAUCUUCAACAGAAAGUUGAUGAUUUAGCAUCCAAGCAUGCUUACAACCCAGACGAGGAAUAUACGGAGGUCGAAUCUCAAUUGCGGGCACACUUGGAAUCUUUCCUUGAAACAGCAAGAUCUUUUAACAUUAUUUACACCAAGGAAAUUCGUCCAUGGACACACAUGAUGGAGGUUCCACAGCUUCAUGGCUUUGGGCCAGCUGCCAACCGCCUGUUAGAAGCAUACAAUAUGCUAUUAAAGUUCUUGGGCAACUUGAGGAAUCUUAGAGAUUCUCAUGCAGCACUGGCCAUUGGAUCAUCUGAAACGAUUGCUGGAGAGCCAUCUUCCGUGACCAGAAUAAUAUCAGAGUGCGAAUCCGCAUUGACAUUCCUAAAUCGUGAUCUCGGAAUUCUCUCGGCUUCCAUUGCUCGUGAACACGGUCAGCAGGGGGAAGAGGUGACUUUAUAAUAUGAUACAUGUGUAACAGAGUUUCUUGAAUUUGCGAUUUGGAUGAGUGUGCAGUCGUGACAACUGACUUCGGAUACCUUAAAUUAAGAUGUCGUCAUACAGAAGAGAUCUGCGGUAUGCCAAGAAGCGCAAAUUGUUCCAUUGUGUGCUUGGUGUUGUACUUGGUGUUGUACUUAUAAAUUGAUUGUGAUUACUGUUUGUCCAUAAUGAAAAAUUCUUACCACAUUGACAUCCUUUGUAUCUCUAUUUGUAGUUUAUUUGAAGGCCAUAUUUAACUGGAA